UCCCGGUCGUUGCGACUCAGGCCGGUGUUAUAACGCAGUAAGGUCACAGAGAGCCGGGAGACGUACCUGUGACGGUGGAUAGGACAAACAGGUGAAGCAGCGGAGCCGGUCCGAACCGGUCCGAACCAGUCUGAGCGGAACUCCGUCAGGCAAACGUCUUCUUUAAGACCCUGAAUGAGGAGAAACAGGUGAAGCUGAGCCUCGUGGUGUGUUCAGAGUGGGCGUGUGAGGGAGUGCAGCUGGAGACACGCCGCUGUUGGAGCGUCAUGUGUGCAUAGCUGCUCUCUGAUUGGACUCUUGUCUGAUGUUGCGGCACAGUAAGCUGCAGAAGCAGGUCCUCGCUCUGUACCGGCAGUUCCUGCGAGCCGGGCAGGACAAACCGGGCUUCCUCCCCCGAAUCCGCGACGAGUUCAGAGAGAACUCCCGCAUCAAGAAGACGGACGUGAUGCACAUUGAGUAUUUAUACCGACGGGGCCAGCGGCAGCUGGAGCAGCUGAGGGACGUCAACACCAAACAGCUGGGCUCCUUCUCCAAACCCAAAGAGCGCGGCUGAAACCGCGUGACCUCCGAAAGACGCCGGCACCGUCAAACUGCUGCCAUCGAGCUCAGGAGACGGGCUGUGAAGGUCGCAGCAGGAUACAAGCUGCAGUGAAACAAAUGUUGACAGUAAUGAAUUUUAUCUGAUGUCUGUAACAAUAAAAUGUGUCUGUGAGGCUUCGUGUCUCCCUCUGGAACAUCA